GGACACGAUUGGCAGGAACAUGCAUCCUGCCAACGUUGUCCACCUUCUCUUGAUUUUGGAGCUCGUCUGCACUUAUUAAAGCACGGAUAAAAGGCGUGUUCCCAGCCAAAGCCAUAUCGUCCCCACCAACACUCACCCACGGAUCGUGUGCCCUCGUCAUGCACUCCUGCCUCUGCAUCACAGAAAUAUUGGAGGAAAUAUUCGAGCAUGCCUUCGCCGCAAAGUACGGAUCUUCAACCCUAGCCGUUCUUGCAAGGACUUGUCGCGUGUUCUCCGAACCAGCGCUCGACAUUCUCUGGCGAAAACAGACGUCUCUGAUACCUCUUCUCAAAUGUCUACCCCAAGAUCUCUGGAUUCUAUGUUGGGGUACCAAAUACGAGAAUUUUCGUGAGGCAUGGGCUCUGACGAGGGAUAUUGUCCGUGAAGAUUGGGUUAGCGUGCGGCCCUAUGCACGGCGCAUUAAAAUAUUCGAACACGGUCCUCCCCGUGAAUCAGACCGCUGUAUGAUUCAGUCCAAGACUCUUUUAAGGCUGCUGGACACGUGCCCAAUGUCCCUCCUUCCAAACGUUACUCAGCUGUCAUAUGCCACCGCGUUUAUAUCUCCCUGGUGGUACGAGUACGAUGCGACUUUCGUACCUUGUCUGGUCAGGCUAUUAAACAAGAAUUUGGCUCAAAUCACCCUCGAUAUCCAUUCCGACAUCAUGCGAGAAGAAGUCGAUGUAAUGAUGGCAGAUAUCUGCCUACAAUGUCCGCGUACGAGUAUGUUCUAUCUGGGCCUUGAACGUUCUUCGCUAUUUUCCAUGUUCAAUUUCACGGACAGACUGGGAUCGCUACGCCACCUUCACACUCUAGAGAUCGAUUUUUUGGAGGGAAAACCAGAUAUUACUGCCCUUCCCAAAAACUCACAACAAGAUCUCUUUCCUUCUCUACGCAAGUUCGGCCUCACUGUCAAUUGUGCCGAGUAUGCGUUCCCUUUGAUCGAAAAUAUCGGCUCCAGCGAUCUGGAAACGAUUAACAUCAAUAUCCGCGGGCCACUGACAGCUUUUUCUUUGCACAUACUCUUCAUGACCUUCCGAUGUAACACUCCCUGGCUUUCGUCUCUACGAUCUGUCACUCUCCAUGCAAAAGAAGAUACAGUCCAUGAUAUACCACCUUCCACAACUCAGCUUCUUACCGUAUUCUCGAAGCUCCGAUCGGUGUGUUUCCUAAACAUAGGCAUCGUCUUGAACGACGAUUUGGCGAGCAAAAUGGCCAAAGCAUGGCCCGACCUCGAGCAGCUUGCUAUUCAAAAUCCUCUCCAGAAACAAGACCCAUCAAACCUAUCUUUGACAGGUCUUGCUGCGCUGGCCGCAGGUUGCCCAAAACUAUCUCUUCUGCAAUUCAAACUUGACGCCAGAGAUAUUCCCGAUUAUGUCAUUCCUCGAAACCCACUCGAUCCAGUCGAAGUUUCGAAAGGCAUAAUGAGGCUUGUACUUUCCCAAGGUUCUCAGAUUGAUGAUCAGAGUGAAGUUACGCCGUUCUUGCUGCUCCUAUUCCCGAAGCUAAGGGUUUGGUAUCUUGGUCUUGAAAAGGAGGAGUUGUACGCUCGCUGGUCAGAUGUCACGAAGCAAACACGUUUAUCCCUUACUUGACUAUUUUCUGUAUUCAAGUGUCGAGCUCGAUUAGUGUUUGAUUGGUACUAUGAACUUGGUAGGCAGAAGUCACACCAAUUUCUUAUCUUAUCUUCUCUCGAACACGCAUAUAUAUUCUAGUAUACCUUACAUAUGGUCUAUGAAGAACUCUGCAGAGUCCAUUUUAUAUUAGCACAGCAGAAGAGUUCGAUAGUAUGUAACGUUCAUACAAUAUUAUGUUGCACUUUCUUAGUAUUUGCGGGUCUCAUAACGAAUUCGGAGCGCAGCGCUGGUAUUACAAGG